UCAGUCAAUUUUAAUUAUUAUUCGCAAACAGUUCUUAUUAAAUUAAUAGAUGAUGUUGAACGGAAAUUUGUAUUCUUUUUAUUUAUACAUAUUGCUAGUAGUUCUGUUACCAAUAUUUGUAGUCCUUAAAGACGACAAUGGAAAGAAUACAUUUAUAUCUAAUUCAAUACCCAUACAUUCUCGAUUGGGUUUACAGAGUGUUAAAGGCGAUCAAAUGAACUUGAAAGUUGUAAACGAUUCCAUGGUAGAGGAUGAUAAUCGAAAGUAUACACUGGUAGAAACAUUACGAAGAACCUUCAAUGAAUUCGAGGAAUUAUUUGAAAAUAUUGUAGAUAUUGUUGCUAAAAAUGUGCCGAAAAUAGCCCGAGAUGCCGAAAUCUUUCUAGCUAAAUUAUCGAACCGAACUAUGGACGCAUUGAAUAUUUUCAGCAAUAAAAUUCUCAACGAGGGCGAUGAUCUUCUUAACGAAAUGUUUUAUAAUAUUGAACGUCAAUUGGAUUCUGUAAGGAAUGAAUUUCAGAAUUUAGCCAUCAGUGUCGAUGAACACUUCAAUUGGGCAGUUACACAACUCAAUCAGACCCUAAUAAACAAUACUGAAGAAUAUGAUUGGUGGACUGCACAUAUAAAGCAAAAAUUACGCACUGUAAAUGACACAAAGCUGUACCAAGAGGGCUGUAGUGCCAUUGAUGAAUUCUUAACCCAAAGUACCAAAGAAUUGCACAAUUGUUGUAAAAUCACCAUGAAGCCAAUGCGAUCAUUAUGUAAAUCUGCCAGCUCCUUAAUCACCGAAGCUUUGCACACUAUAGUGGAUGCGAUUGACAGAAUGCAAGCUUGUCUGGAGGAGAAGAGAUCUUAUUUGGAUUAUAUGUUGCCUUGCAUACAUUUGGCCUACGAUGAAAUAAGUAACUUAGUUUCCCGAGCGGCGCAAAUAACGCAUCAAGUAAAUAACAUGCUUCCAAUGAAAAUUAUUUAUACUCGAAGCUGUUUUGCUAUUGUUAUGGUUGAUAUGAAUGUUCGACGAAACAACAUAGAGUCUGGCCUAUUUUCCAAUUAAACUUAAUAUUUAAUAUAUUUCGGGCUUAUAUAAAACCGUUGUAGUCAGUCGGUUGCAUCCCAAAGUUAAUUUCCGAUUGUUUACUUUGAAAGUGUUUUAUAUUUUUAUAAUUAUACAUCGGUCAAACCGGAUUAUUUUAAGUCAUGUCUCAUCGUCGACACAACAACGACUGUACAUUGGAUUUUUUUUUUUGGAACAAUCGGUAAUUGUUUGUUUUUGACUCUAUGCUCACUAAAGGCUAACAACUGUAUUCACAAAAAUGUUUUAUUGUAGAUUUAAGUCGAUUUAGAUUAAGAUAGAUUAAAGUCGCCUUAGUCUUAAAAUCCAUUAAUAAACAUAUAAAAAACACACUUUAA